AAAGUCAGGACAUUUAUUUUGAAACUUCUGUUUGAGUCAUCGCCACCACAAAGGCUGUUGUUUUCCUCUUUUCUGUUUUUUAACGAUUUUGUUCCCUUUUUACUAAAUUGCAAAUUUCUUCUUAACCGUUUGUGUUUGCCUUUAAACUUCAGAUCCACACCGGUAUGCAGCACCAGAUCAUCUGGCCCUGCCAGCCUUACUGCGUUCCUCUGGAUGAGAAACUGCUGCCUCAGCUCAUGAAGGAGGCGGGGUAUGCCACACACAUGGUCGGCAAGUGGCACCUGGGCAUGUACAUGAAGGACUGCCUGCCCACACGCCGUGGCUUUGACACGUACCUUGGUUACCUGACAGGUGGUGAGGAUUACUUCACUCACUUCCGCUGUUAUCAAAGCCGCUCGCUGAACCUGAGCCGCUGUGCGUUGGACCUUAGAGAUGGGGAAGACGUCGCCACAGGAUACGAAGGGGUCUAUUCCACUGAGCUGCUGAGCCAGAGGGCCAUCAGCAUCAUUGAGAGACACAACUCUCAAAAGCCACUCUUCAUGUAUGUGGCGCUGCAGGCGGUCCAUGCACCCCUGCAGGUGCCAGAGCGCUACGUGACUCCCUACAGUUUUAUCACAGACACCAAUCGCAGGCUCUACGCCGGCAUGGUGUCAGCUAUGGAUGAGGCGGUGGGCAACAUCACCCUGGCUUUACAGAAAGAGGGACUCUGGAACAACACGGUCCUUGUGUUCUCAACUGAUAAUGGAGGUCAAACGCUGUCUGGUGGCAGCAACUGGCCUCUGCGAGGGAGAAAGUGGUCACUAUGGGAAGGAGGAGUCCGAGGCGUUGGAUUCGUUGCCAGCCCGUUACUGAAACAGCCGGGUACCGUGAACCGUGAGCUCAUCCACAUCUCCGACUGGCUGCCUACACUUGUCGGCCUGGCAGGAGGAAACACCACAGGCACGAAGCCGCUGGACGGCUUCGAUGUGUGGAACGCGAUCAGCAAAGGGUUUGCCUCACCCAGACUGGAGCUGCUGCACAACAUCGACCCUCUGUAUUAUGACAUUGCUCCGUGUCCUGGCAGGCAGCGCGAGUUAACUUUGGCUCAGGUGGCCAACUCCGGCUUCAAUGUGUCCAUUCACGCAGCCAUUCGAUCUUCAAAGUGGAAGCUGCUGACUGGGUACCCAGGGUGUGACGUUUGGUUCCCCCGACCUGACGGCAACACCUCCGACUCAAGCUCCUCUGAGGUGGAUCAGCUGAAGCCUGUCAUGCUGUUUAACAUUGAAAAGGAUCCAGAAGAGAGAAAUGAGGUGUCUGCUCAGUUCCCCAAGGUAGUCGAGCAUCUCCUCUGUAGACUAGAGCACCACCAAAAAAGUGCUCAGCCCAUAAACUUUCCUGACGAUGACCCUAGAUGUGACCCAGGCCCCACUGGAGCCUGGGGGCCCUGGGCUUAGGCGGAUAUUACCGAUAUUGUAGUGUUUUGUUUACUGUGAAUUACAACAGCAGGAAUUUUCCUUUGUGGGGAAAGGUGAAGUUUUACAACAAUUUUUGUUUGUUUGUUUUUAAAAGAGAACAGCCAAUACCAAAGAAUUCAGAAAGUGAUUAACAGCAGCACCUUUACUCUGCCUUACAUAAAUCUGGUUACAGCGGAUUAGUUUAAAUGAAUCAACACCGCUAAUUGUCCCAUAGAAGCAAAGGCUGAGGAGGGUGGAUGGCAGCAAUCUUUCACUCCAGACACUUAAUUCAUUUGGAAGCCUAAUGUUUAGCCCCAACCAUCCUUGCUGGAAAACUCAAAAACCAGUUUUAUUUGUUAUCUAUCAUCCACCUGGGCCUUACUCAGAGAUUCUUAUCUGCUCUCUCAGACGUUUUAUCUUAGGCUGUAUCAGGUUAGGGCUGGAUCAAGUGACCCUGAAUCCUCUUAGUUACUCUGCAACAGGUCUAGGCUGCUGGGGGCCCCUGAUGGACUGAGUGUUUCUUUUUUCACUCACCGUGUGUUUAUAAAUCACUAGUUAUUAUUAAUCUCUGUCGAUCUUCACCAGUGAAUCUUCGUCAGAUCACGACCGGUUGAGGUAUAUAGUGCAUAGUGUUGUCUCUGAGGGGAGCUACACUAUACAUUUGCAUGUCUAGAAUCUGAGCAGGAGAAACUAAUUUCUUUCAUAUACGCAUCCUCUUUGACCUUUGACCCCUAGGUGUUUGACCUUCCACUGAAAGCAGCAUGCAGACUAGAGCAGGAAAUGCUUCCUGCUGAGAGCAGGCGGCCGCUGUCCGAAUGUGGGCCGCGACCCUUAACCUGCCCUGCAUGUUGAUUGACAGCUGAGCACAACAAACAACAAUACUGCUGCUACAGAAAAACAGAGCCGUAGACCUAUUUGUCAUUAAGGAGUCAAUGACGCUCCUGUUUUGUUUGUCACAUUUCCCAAACUUGUCACCAUAGAAACCAAAGCUGCAAUGCUGUUUGCUCUCAGCUCCUUGCUCCAUGUGACGUUUAACAUAUAUCUUGCACUGUUACCCACUCAAAUCUGUCCUUUAAAUGUGAAGGUGGUACCAGGAUAUGCCAAUACGUUUAUGCAAAGUUGUGAGGGUUUGAACUCGUGUUUCAGUUUAAAUGGUUUGUUUUGAAAUGUGCUUUUGUUACGCUAAAAGCAAAUCAGUGGAUUGAUUUUUGUUUUGUAAUUUAACAUAAGGAAAUGGAUACCUUGGCUUCCUUAAUUUAUAAUUAUUAAUAUUUUUUCCAUAAAUACCAGCACCACAAAAAGUCUGUAUGAAGUAUAUUAUCUUUAUUAACAUGUUUCCAAAUCCUGGUCGGUGCGCCUAAAUAUGUGACGUCACUUUUUUUGUAAGUAAAAAGUACUUGAAAUAAAAGAGUAUAGUGUUUUGAGAUUAAUCUUUUACUGUGUUGCACAGUAUAAAGCUGAUUGAGAGUAAAGUAUAUUUUAAAACACUGUAAAUCUCUUUUCUAUCUGUUUUAAUAGACUCAGUUUACUUCAAUAUCAUCUCUUUAAAGCACAAAACUGAUAAUAAUUCAAAAGUGUUACAUUGACUUUCUCAGCGUCUUCACUUGUCUGUGGUCCAAAGUAAGUCCUACUUAGUUAAACUGAAUUUUGAUGCUUAAUUGAUGAGUGGCCUUUGAGAUUUUUUAGGGCAAAUUUCACUAAAUUAUUUAUUAAAUAACAGUCAGCCCAGAUGGCAUGCCCAUGGCCCAUGUCCACUGCCAAUUUCUUACUUAAAUUUUUAAAACCUACUCUACAUUUUAGUUUUCUAAGUUAUUUAUUUGGUGUCUAAGUCUGUCAUGGUACCACAUGCUAAAGUAAAAUGGCAUUUGUGGCAGUUAAAUGGAGUUCAAACUGGGAUUUUGGUAACAGCAAAUACCAUAGUACCACAUGAUUAUUUUAUGUUUCUGAGAAAGUGCUUCUUACUUUGCUGAGGCUGUAAAUUUGUCACUUUGUCAGUUUACUCUACAAUCAAAACUCUGCGUUUCAGUAUGAUGGGAUAGUCUAUUUAAUUAGACGUUACUAGUGUUUGCAAUUCAUGUAAAACCAGGGCCUGUAAGUUUCUCAGCUCGGCUGCAGACCACUUUUGCACUUCUCAUGCCCCGUUUGUGGUGAAGUGCCCCUCCUGACAGGCUGCUCAGUCUUCCCCUACGUGUCAUUAUGAUCAGGGUGCCCCUGCGGUGUCACAGCUCGUCUCCUCCUCAUAGUUUUCAAAGUGGUUUUGGUGUGUCUUUCGCACUUAAUUCUGCACUUUGACUCAACACCGUGAGUGUCGAGCACAGUCUUCAGCUCUGAUGUGCCUCCGCUGUAUCAACACUGCGAUUCGCUGACUCUGAUGUCACCCCACGUUGUUGUUUUUUCAGCUGCAAUGACAAAGCUAUGUGUGGCUCCAGAGAGAUGCCCCUGAAAGAUAUGACAGGGUAAAGAUAUGAUAUCCCAGUGUUAGGCUCAGAUGUUUUUCCAGUGAGCACAUGUGGGACGCACACAAAAAAACAGGCUGCCACCCUUGAUUCCUUUCUGGUAUGCUCACAAGAUGAGACUGAAGGUCUCACAGUCAAGUGGGACGAGAAUUCCAAACAAGAUUGUCUGUCUGUGCCGCCAGCCUGUGAAAACAGAUUAAAAUCAUACUGACCAGUGCAGUCAGGAAUGUGUUGAACCUUGAGCCUUGAAGAGGGGAAACCCAACGGCUUAUCGCACCUAAUUAAAAACGGCUAUGUAGAUAUUUUGUACCGUAUGUUGGUGAGGGUCCUAAAGGUGUUUGUGUGGGAUAUCGAUGAAAUUUUAAAAACUUUACAUAAAUAAAAUGAGCACAUUACAUCAGCAAACAGUGGACUUUGAAAAACAUCACACUUAAUGUAAUUUAUAUACACAUUAACAGCUCUGUUGGGCUUUACUUAGCAUUAGCACUGGGGCGCUCUCAGCUAAAUGCUAACACAUUGCUUUAACAAGCUAACAUUUGCUCAUUAGCUUCCUGCCAAUGAACUUUUGGGACCACAGUCUUGUUUUUUUAAAGCUAUCGGUUUACUUUUAUUAUGUGGCUUAAGAUGGUUUUGUAUUGUUCUGGUUUUAUUGUAUCUUUUCCUACCUCGGUCAACGAAAUUUACUGACAUUCAAAGAAAAACUUGCACAUUAAAAGUACGCGAUCUGUGAGAGAUGCAUCAGGUCACUGGGAGUGGUUUGACUGGAAAAAAGAGAGUGCUUAUUCCAAGGAUGAUACUCACAGGGGGACUGCUGGGGUCGUACGAGGGUGAACAGCCAGGUGAGUUGCUGAGGUGAGUAUUUCAGAAGGAACUGGUCAGCUGGAGACAGGUAAGUAGUCCUGGUAAGAGAACUGCUCUUUAGCCACACAGGGAAUACCGGGAAGCUACAGCAUCAGUUUGCAGGAACGCAGGGGCGCAAUAAAUCUCAGAGACAGGCAGAGAAGCUGAGUGCUGGAGGUGGUCCUUGCAUACUGGCUGCUGAUGAGGAUGAUUGGGUUGACAAGACUCCAACCUCGGCCGAAGCACCAGAACAAAAGCAAACCAGUGCGGGACUUUCUGAAUUGUUUGAAAGCACUUCAUAAAUAAACUUUAUUACUUGCAGUACUGUGCAGUAUUUCAUUGGUUCAAAUGGUGGCCUUUACUGCUAGAGGAGCCAAAACUUUAUCAGAAACCUUCAUGCAAUUUGUGAUAUGCUAAUUAUUGUUUAUUUUCUGUUGGAUGUUGUUCAGAUUGGAUCUAUGUAUCUACUUUAAAAAAACAUGCACAAUAUAUUCUGUAAGUCCAAGCUUUGUAGUUAUAAAAGUAAAUACCCAGGUACAGUUCAAAUAUGGGCUUAUAAUGAAUUAUAACACAGAUUAUGAGAAUGAUCCUGUUUUUAAAAGCUUAAGCUCAGCUCUCGGCUUUAAGAUUUAGCAAUACACUAUGUGCCAUUACAAAAUCAAUGCCAUUCACGCAGUUUACUUUUUUUUCUUUCUUCCUGCAUUGUCACACAGCUUAGUUUACCUUGUAUUUAUUUUGCAAAUAUGCCAGAAACAUUUUUACAUUUUCCCACCUUUUUCCCUAUGUCCUCUCUGGAAUUAGCACUUGUCGCAGUGUAUGCUAAGGAAGAACACAGUAAUUUGUGGGCUGCUAUUUAUAGAAAAAACAAAGCCUCUAAAUGUAACUUCUUAAUUGCUGCUUCUCAUACAAGAUUUUGCACUGAACAGACUGGAGACCACGUUGAGUGCGGUGCAUUUUUGCACAAACUUGUAAUUCACUUGUUUUGCCUCUGUUUAGCACUUUAGGCUACCCUUUCCUCUACAUGGUGUUAACAACAGAACCAUUCUACGAUGUAAAUCCUUUCUGUAAUUAUUCAUUAUUUAUCUCAAGUUCUAAACUUGUGCGUUCAUUGAUGAAGAGUUGGAUUCCUGGUACAAAGUCACUCAGAUCUUAGAGAAGCUAACCUUGUAGAUCAAACUAGAUAAAUUAAAUUUACAGAUUAUAAGUUAAACUAUUUCUACAGUGAAUUUUUGCACUUUCAGUCUGGCUUUCAAACCAAAGGUCAGUCAGAGUAGCAGUGAUCCCAAGAACUGAAAGGAUAACAUCAGGGCUGCUAUUAUUGUCAAUAACUGCAGUUGUUUAGCCAGAAACUCCAUGACCGAGUCAUGGGACUUCCCUUGUAUUUCCAUUUUAUUCCAGUUUCAUUUGACUGACCAAGAAGCACAAAUAGGUGGGGCACUAAAGUCCUGGCAGCAGUUGCUCCCCUCCUAGUCACAACACUCUCAAAAUAGUGCAUUCACACUUGUUCACUGUUGUGCAAAGUGCACACAAACAUACAAAACUGUUUGAAACUAUUGUUCUUCAAAUGAACUGACUGAGCAAUCUUACACUAACUCAACAUAUAAUUCUAUUGACAAUGAAAAGAAUAUAAGACUGGAGAUGCGAGAUGGUCCAUUCACAUGUCUGAAAAUAUUGCAAGUAUGGCUCUCUGCUGUGUAGCCUUCAGACUGUUGGACCUUCAGUAUGUGACCCUUCUGUAUUGAUUGAUGAUGUGUCUAAGACUCAGCUGUUAGCCUCCCAGUCAAGGUUGAGCCUCAGAUUUAGAGAGAAUGUGACGGGUAGCCACAGUAAUACUGUGUGAAUGACUUGUCGAUACAAAGUGAGUGUAAUAAACGGACAUUUUAAUUGGGAAACAGUUCACCUUUUAGAAACAUAGAAAUUUCACAUUUUUUAACCUUAACUGAGUUUUUACUUGUUUGACUUUUGCUUUUAUGUUACAAGUAAAGGUCAAUGGAGUUACUCAGAUGAGAAAAUAUGGAUAGAAACCAUAUAAACUCUGUAGCUGUAAUAGUGUCCUAUUUGUCUUACAUAGUAAGUCAUGGGAGGUCAGCUUUGGUGUUUGUUAAUUUUUUAUUAAAUCCUCAUGGAGGAGCAACUUGUAGUAACUGAAUAUGCCCUUGUUCACUUUUGACUAAAGAAUAUCACCCACCUGCUAUAUCCUUAAUAGGUGUUGAGUCCUUUGUUAUUGGCUAUUUAUUGUGUCACAUACAAAGCAAUCCCAUUCUAAAAAAAAAUACCCUGCUUUCCACCUUUUGAUUUUAAUAGGGACCAUAAUUUACACAAUGAAGAUGGUGUUGUUAUGAGACUUGCAAUUAGAACCGUAGACUCAUCUGGAAAGUGUUUCAUCAUAAAUCCAGUGAGCUGAAGGCUUGUUUUCUCUAAAGCUUUGAUUAAACUCUGUUGGGGACACAGGCAUGGACAGCUUGAAAAAAUUACAGCCAAGAAGCGAUUGCUGCUAUGCUUCUAAAAAGUCCACUGCCUGGAGCUGUUGCACAGUUGGUACAUUGUAAUGUAACAUCUCCACAGACGAGUCUCACAGUUUUAAAAAGAUUGGCAGGUAAGUCCACAUGGACCCACGCUCACUGUCUGAUGAGGACACUAUGUCGCUGAUUCCUACAGACUCACAAACACGGAAAGUAUAACUGUAGACUUAGACUACUGCUGUGAACCUUUGUAGAGCCUACAGUGUAACGCACGUAGUGGCCAAUGCCAUCGCCAGCAUUCAUGCUUGUGCAUGAUUUCCGUUACAUCCGGGUUUUGUUUUUGUUUUUUUUUGUUUUUUUCUGCGGUACUAGAAACAAAUAAAUUCCUGGGACUUUGUCCCUCCUGGAUCCCCACUGUUUGUUGUGAUCAGUUUUUCUUUUCAUACGUUCCUUCCUGUCCAUUCCAAUAGUUUCCGAAAUCUCCCUCCAGGAAUUUUUUGACAUAUGUGUGAGUCUUUAUAUUGAGGUUAUAAUUAUGAGCUGUUAUGACAUAACUAAGGCAUAGGUGUAACACAAAGGGGUAAAUCUCCUUUCAGACUCCACGAGUCUCCUCCUAUUGGUUAUUCAAGAGAAUACAGCUUUAAGGUAUUCCCAUAUUAGCUACGUUUUCAUAUACAGUUGAGGGAAGUAACUAGAUGCAAAAACCUUGAUGGAAUAACAGAUCCAAAUUAAAAGAAAAUAUCCCAAACAGAUUAUUAUCCUUAGAACUUAACAAACUAUCAUGCACAUUAGUG